AUGUUCAUAGAGAUCGGUCCAAAAUCCCAGGGGGAAUCUCCUUCUCUCUGCCACAAGCCUGGUCCUGCAGGGCAGGAAGACGCCGGGCUCCCGCAGGAGAGACCCGAGGUGCCGGGAAGGGAGGUGCAAGGCUCUCCGGGGCAGGUCUUUGGCAGAUGGAGGCGGGCCGAGCCUCGGCUUUUGGCAGGUUUACAAGAAGAGGGAGCGGUGAGGACCUGGUGGUUGCUGCGCAGGAUGCUGAGUUUGUGUUGGCUGCUGCUACUCCCACUGGUUGUGGGAAUCCAUACAGAAUGCAAGAUAUUCCAGCAGGUAGUCAAAGAAGAGGCUCUGUGCUUAGAAAGGAAUGACUCUGUUUCACCUGAUCUUAAAGGAUGCGUCAGAGAUUGGGAUGGUCUAACCUGCUGGCCCAGAGCCACUUUCAGGGAAGUGAUUAAAGUUCCCUGUCCAAGAUUUUUUGAAGAAAUCACCAAUAUACAUGGCUUCCUUCAGAGAAACUGUGCGCAGGAGGAGUAUUGGUCGGAACCAUUCCCACCAUACACCAUUGCUUGUGGAUUUGAUGAGGGUUCCAGUAAAGAGCCUGAGGAUCAGACAUCAUAUUAUUCUGCAUUUUGGCGUGUCUACACUGCUGGCAAUGCAGCAUCAGUGACUUCAUUCGUUACAGCUCUAAUUGUCUUUACUGCUUUCAGAAAAUUCCACUGUACAUGGAAUUAUAUCCAUAUGCAUCUGUUUGUCUCCUUUAUCCUGAGAGCAAUUGCUGUUUUCACCAAAGAUGCUGUUUUGUUUGCAGAUGAAACUAUGGAGAACUGCCUAAUGUCAAUGGUUGCUUGUAAGGUUGCUGUGACUUUCUUCCAGUUCAGUAUUUUAGCCAAUUUCUUCUGGCUUCUUAUAGAAGGAAUAUAUCUGCAAACACUGCUUCUGCUGACUUUUAUUUCAGACAAGCAGUAUGUAUCAUAUAUGCUGGCUGGAGUUAGUACUGUUCACAUAUACUGGCUGGGAUGUUGGGAUGAUGACAAAAAUGGAGUGGUGUUGUGGAUCAUCAAAGGCCCCAUUCUGCUGACUGUAUUAGUAUGGGUUUUUUUCAAUUCUGUGAUCAGAAUUCUAGUCUAUAAAUUAAAGUCUCUAGAGGGAGGAGAAAGCCACUCAAAUCACUUUGUUGCGUUGUUCUUUAAUUCUUUGUUUGCCACAUUACUCUUAAUCCCUCUCUUUGGAGUACACUACAUUGUAUUUGCAUUUUUCCCAGAAAGCAUUGGUCUGGAAGCUCACCUUUAUAUUGAGCUGGGCUUGGGUUCCUUUCAGGGUUUUGUUGUGACUCUGCUAUAUUGCUUCUCAAAUGCAGAGGUUCAAAAUGAACUGAAGAAACAACUGUGCAAAUGGCAGUAUCAAGAAUACCUAACACACAAACACAAGAUUUUGUCCAGAGAAAACAAUCCCGUCAACUAUGUUACUCAGUUAUCACUGCUUGAAAAAAACAGUCCAAAAAGGAAAACAUCUUUGUACCAGAAUAAUGUAACCUCUGUCUGA